AUGCUCGGCCCUCCAGUGACAUGUGUCCUCGAUUCCGAAGGCAUUUGUCUCCCUGUCACGGCGCUCCAAUGUGUUCAGCUCAAUGGAACACUGCUGGUGCUAGCAGGCCAGGGACCCCAUUUUCAGAUCUAUGACCAGCAUGGCCAAAAACUCUUGUCUAGGCGGGUCUUCGACGCCGAGCCCGUACAUGGCAUUAAGGCCGGUGCAGACCCUGACGUACAAAGCAAAACGCACAGUAUCACCGUUGUCCUCUGGGGCGGAACCCUAGUGAGGUCUGGAUCUUUGACGCCCCUUGAUAAAAACGACGGUAACGAAUUGAUGGAACUCGAUCUCUCUUUGUCGGGUGAACUCACGUCGCCAGACUGGGUGCUGGAUGUUGAGCUGCUUCCCUCGAGCAUCCUUCUGCUGACGGCGCAUAAUGUGCUUGUCGAAGUGCCCACAACAGCAGAAUCUCACCUCAAAUCAUUACGCCACGACAGUUUGCCCUUCCUAAAGGGACCUGGUGCCUUUUUAUACUCGGGAAAUCUAUGCGUGGCCAACGCAGAGCUCAUUAUAGUGGCAUCCGGCACGGUGUUUGGAGAAAUCUUGGUUUGGACCUGCUCGAAGAAAAGCAAUGAGCACGAAUGGACACCCAUAGUAAGACAUGUCUUCCAUGGGCAUAGGGGCUCUGUCUUUGGCGUGGCUAUCUCCCAGCGUAUCGACCUGGAAGGACACUAUGUACGUCUAUUGGCGAGUUGCAGCGAUGACCGCACAAUCGGGCUCUGGGAUAUUAGUGACUGUGACGAGCUAGUCCAGCCUCCUUCUUCAAGCAUCGCUUUGAUAGAAACUGGUUUCGGGAAACCCACACGGGCAGAGCAAUCUCAACUAGCGUCUGCCUGGGGUCACCAAUCGCGUGUUUGGGGCGUCGAAUUUGUCUCCCAAGAGACCACUGAAGGUCACUCUCGAGUACUCCUAUCUUCCAGAGUAAGACAUCUACAAACCGAUGCAGAUUGUCUUACUUCAUCUCUCACGGUCUCCAUGCCUUUCAAAGUGGUGACGGGUUCUUCCCACUCACUGAAACACUAUCUAAUACUCAAUCAACACGAGUGUCUCGCAACAACUGACCUUGGUGAGUUGUUCCACCUGAGGCUCGACAGAGGGCGGCUUGAAUUUGAUCGGAUCUACAAAAGUCCUGCCAAAGGCAGUCUUAUGCUUUGUUACGCUGAAGAGCAGGGAAUCAUUUUCCUGGCACAGCAGGUAGGCGGUCUAUCGGCGCUGCUUCCAGAUGGAAAGACAAUCAUACCCAUUCCGCUGACCCUUGGAUGCGGCAUAUCGUGGACGCACGUCGCUUCCGAGGUUGCCAGAGGUGUAUCAUCCCCUACGAUCUGUCUGGUGACAGUGCUUGCGGACAAGCAAUGCAUUAUUCUUUGGCUCACACUAGACAAUAUGACUUUUCGAGUCAAGCAAACAACUCUUCAACUGCCCAGCACUUUCAUCAUCACCGCCUGUCGUUAUAAUUCUACCGAGGAGGUCCUCUUGCUAGGUUCACGGGCUGGUGCGCUGGCAGUCUAUGAUCAGUUGACACAUGAGGUGGUAAUCUCCAGAGAGCCUUGCUGUCUUCGUCAUCUGCACGGUACCGACGUGGUGACUUCGAUCACCAGUUUAAACCGAAGCCUGGAGACCACAGCUAAUUCUCAAAAGCCAAUGAUGUCCUUCUUAACCACAGGACGUGAUGGGACGUAUGCCAUGCAUGACCUUACCUGGGCGAACUUUCCUGGAGGCAGAACGCCACAGAUCACCACCAUCCACACUUCUUCACCACCAUUUGGCCCUAACAUUGAAGGCGCUUAUUUUGCUCCUUCAGAUCCAACCCUGCCAACAGGACCUCUAGAUUUACUACUUUACGGUUUCCGCUCAACCUCCUUCGUCGUGUGGAACGAGACGCAGCAGUCUACAGUCCUGUCCGUUGAAUGUGGCGGCGCCCACCGAACCUGGUCUUUCCAAGAUUCCCGGGUCUCCAUACAUAAGACGCUGGACAUAGGACAGCUCAAUGGCGGAGCAAAGAAUUUCGUUUGGACCAAGACCGGCAGAAUUAAUUGGCACUCAGCACAGGGCCCCAGCCACAGUGUGAUCCAGAAGGGUGGACAUGGGCGGGAAAUCAAGACGAUAGCUCGAUGCCCAAGCAAUUUCAACGGAAAUAUUGUCGCUACGGGAGCUGAGGACACGACCAUCCAACUGUUUUCACUCAAAACUUUCGAGAAGUCACGAAACAGGCUCAAUGAUACGGGCCCAGUAGGCCAAGGAGACAAUACGACGUUCCAGAGGAUCGCAACACUAAGGCGCCAUACCACCGGUCUGCGAUACCUGCUCUUCUCUGCUUCGGGCGACUUUCUCUUUAGCAGCGCCGGUUGCGAGGAGUUCUACGCGUGGAAACUCACGCGUGACGCGCCAAUUAUCACCAUUGGAGUCGUGCUAUGGGACAUCAUGCCCACGACGGAAGAAGAUUCAGAUGCCAGGAUAAUGAGUUUCGAUUUAUUCGAGAUACCUGGAGUUCGCAUGAACAGACCCCAUGAAGGUCAUGCCGGCGGUGAAGGCAUUCCCGAGGAGCAUUCCCCAGUGUCAUACAUCCUGGGCUUAGCAUACUCCAAUGGUAAGACCAGGAUUGUACGAUACAAUCCUUCUACGGUCAAGGGCCAAGGGUCAUUUGAAACCCUCCGUGACCUUGUGUAUGGCUCUUUUUGUGUGAUGCAAGCCUUUUUCCUGCCGCCUAGAAUGUUCAACCGGCAACCCAUGGACAUUCAACUGGAUGUCUUGUCUGCGGGCACGAACGGGUUUCUGAAUCUCAGCUCCGCCGCAGUCGCCGUGGUUACGGACGGAUCAAAAGCUGACGGCGCCGUUUCUGUACCAUUGCAGGUCCACAAAUCACAUCAGAGCAGCAUUCUGUCCAUGGACAUUAUCUGCCUAGGACCGCAAACAUAUUUUGUUGCAACUGGAGGCGACGACAACGCCUUGGGUCUUACACUUGUCUCAUCAGGUGCAUCCUCCACAGCCACUCCUGGCUUGGAAAGCUCCAGCAAUAAGGCUGUAUCACCUCUCUCUGAACAGCACGGGUGUUCUGGUCCCAGUGGAGACCGGCGUGCAUCAUCUAUCUCAGACGAACAGCACAGGAACAAGACGGGUGCCCGCCGGUUCCGCACCAUUAUCAUCCCACGAGCCCACGCCGCCGCCGUUACAGCACUCAAACUCAAGCAGCUAGCAAGGACAUCGUCAAGGGUAUCCAUCGCCGUGAUCACGGCAGGAAACGACCAGCGUGUGAGAGUGUGGAUUGUUCACGUUGACAUUGAUGAAGAUAACCCCGUAUCUGCCGUACCCAACCCAGGAACUGCACAUAACAGCAACAAUGUCCAUACCACCGGCGUUAACUGGGAUGACCCAACAUGUCAGGCAAUACAGGUACAGCGAGCGGCGAGUUCCUGGACAGCUGUUGCAGACGUGAGUGGACUGGAGGUGGUGGCGGAGGAAGGCUUGACCAGGGACCGCCCAGCCUUUGGGGGAACCGACGGCCCUCCUAGGAUUUCAGAAACGGACCGCUCAAAUUCCACGGCUGUCCGGGAUCCUGCUAUAACAACAGGAGAAGACGUUUCCGGCUCUAGUCCGGCAUACGGAGCCACUGCUGAGGGAAAACGCACCACUUGUAGUUACAAGAUCCUGGUCGUCGGUGUUGGCAUGGAAGUAUUAAGCGUGAAGUGGAACACGACAGUUGCAAAGGAGGCGUAA